GUGAUCGAAGAAACCAGAAGAUGGGCAUCAAUUGUGAAGACAGACUUCACUAGACUGAGGGAGAUCAACGACAGGCUAAUGAUGGCCGAGCGAGCAUUUCUUGAACGAGAGGGACGUCUGCAAGACCAUGUCGCACUACAGCAAAACCAAACAUCCAUCUCCAAGCACAUUCCUGAGCUAAACACCAUGAUCAGAGCAGCCAUCUUCUAUGUGUUCUUUGCCUUAACCACAUCUUUAUCCUCCUGUUUCAGUCCAAAGUCCCACUAUCACUCUCUCUUCCUAUCAAACUCCCUCGCUAACAAUGCCUCCAUAGCUCACAACCUUUACAUGCUUACCCGCCGCCCUCACGUUGCUGGCACAGAAGCCAACACCGAGACGGCAGAGUAUGUCAAGUCUAUACUAACCUCAAACAAGAUAAAGUCCCACACAGUGUCCUAUGAUGUGGCCUUGACAUACCCUGCCUCACGUUCCUUGACACUCACCCCUGAACCAGGUCAUCCACCAAUUGUGUUUGACCUCCGCCAGGAGAUCUAUAAUGGCGAUCUCUAUGCAGAUGUUGCAAACGAGGUUAUGAUGACAUUUCAUGGGUUUGGCAGGACAGGGACCGUUGAGGCACCUGUGACUUAUGCAAACUAUGGACGUGUGGAGGACUUUGCAAUGUUGAAAGAGAUGGGGGUCAAAGUUUCUGGGACGAUCGUAUUGGCAAGAUAUGGGAAGAUUUUCAGAGGGGAUAUUGUGGAUAACGCAUAUGCAGCAGGUGCUAUAGGAACUCUCAUAUAUACAGAUAGGAAAGACUAUGGAGGUGGCGGAAAGGAUGCAGGGUGGUUUCCAGAUGCAAAAUGGAUGCCACCAACAGGAGUUCAGGUUGGUUCUGUUUACAGUGAGGCUGGUGACCCUACAACUCCUGGAUGGCCGAGUACUGAAGGUUGCGAGAGGAGAGCUUACGAGGAAGCGGAGAAGUUGGGAGUCGUUCCAUCCAUACCUUCGCUUCCAAUAUCAGGAGCAGAUGGCGAGACGAUCAUAAGUUCGCUCGGUGGACGGCUGGCUAACGACGAUUGGCAAGGAAGCAAAGAUGCUCCAACGUACAGGGUUGGACCAGGGCCAGGGGUUGUAAAUCUCAGCUACAAUGCGACAAAGACUAUAGCAACAAUACAUAAUAUUAUUGGAGUGAUCGAAGGAUCGGACGAGCCUGAUCGGUUUGUCCUCCUUGGCAAUCAUCGGGAUGCAUGGACAUUCGGAGCAGCGGAUCCCAAUAGUGGAACUGCAGCAUUGCUUGAGGUUGCUCAAAGACUGGCAAGACUGCAGAAGAAAGGCUGGAAGCCAAGAAGAACGAUUAUCUUCUGCAGUUGGGAUGCUGAGGAAUACGGCCUGAUAGGAUCGACUGAAUGGGUGGAAGACAACAGAGAAGCGUUAAAAUCAAAAGCUGUUGCCUACUUAAAUGUGGAUGUCGCAGUCUGUAACGAAGGAUUUACUGCUUCAGCAACUCCUCAACUUGAUGAACUACUCAAAUGGACAACUAAACAGGUCAAAGACCCAAAGAACACGUCACAGACUGUCUACGAUUCAUGGGCAAGCUCCAGCGGCUCUCCUCAGGUUGAAAGAUUAGGGGGUGGGGGGUCAGACUAUUCAGCUUUUGUACAACAUAUUGGUGUGCCAUCAGUUGACAUGUCUUACAGAGUAGGAGGAUACCCUGUGUACCACUCAAUGUAUGAUGACUUUACCUGGAUGGAGAAGUUUGGCGAUCCUAUGUUUCACAGACAUGUUGCAGUUGCAAGCAUCUGGGGCUUUCUAGCUCUUCAGUUAGCAGACAGUGAAAUUUUGCCUUUCAACUAUCUUUCCUACGCCGAAGAGCUUCAGAAAAGCGCAAAGGAGUUGGAAGAUGAGAUAUCAAAUAAGACAACACUUGCUCCCUUGCACAAGUCUGUUGAUGCAUUAACAAAAUCCGCCACAAAAAUAAACAAUGAGAUAAAUGCGAUUGAAGAAGACAUACGGCAGGCUUCACCUCGGAAGAAAGACUUUACAAGAGCAAGAGCAAUCAAUGACAGACUAAUGAUGGCUGAGCGAGCAUUUACUGAUCCCGACGGGCUAUCUGGAAGACCAUGGUAUAAGCAUUUGGUAUAUGCACCUUCCAAGCAUAAUGAUUACGGAUCGAAGUCCUUCCCUGGGAUAGAUGAUGCAAUAGAAAAUGCAAAGACUCUGGAUACAGCAGAAGCAUGGCAGUCAGUGCAACAUGAAAUCUGGAGAGUUUCAAGAGCUAUUAAACAAGUGGCCCAGGUCCUCAGUGGUGAAUUGACAUAAAUUGCAUGGUAGCAAUACAUUCCAGAGAAUAUGAGAUGUGGUGCUACAGAAACAAUGACAGGGCAUUUGUGCUGAGUCUCACCGUAAUACAAGUACCCUGCACCCUAGCAAGAUGGUGUGGUUACUAAUUAUAUUCCAUCUACAGGAUUCUGAGAAAUUUCCUUCUCUGUAUAGACAAUCUUUCAAGUCCUUUCAGAGACGAAAUGCCACAGAUGACCUCAUGCAUGUUAAAUAAUUAUUCAGAUAAACUACUGUACUGGCAGCUUCCCAUUUCUCAUGAGUCCUUACCAUCUCGCAACAAUUCUAGUCUAACUCAAUGACCAGUAUGUCCACUUCCACUAAACUUAACCAUUUCAUGCUGAUCCCAAUCUAGUACACCCUCGACGAUUCAUUUUCACAU